AUGGCACACAAUUCCACUUCUGGAAACGGCCCCAUUACAUGUCCUUUUUUUCGUGAGCUGGACAGUAUUCUAAGAGGGGACGCAAGUGUUAAACCUAAACGGAUAGCGCGAAGCAUUUCUUUUGCCCAAGGACCCCCGCAGAUAAGCGCCCCCAGGGAAGUGAUGGAGGGAUCGGAGGAACUCUUCUCGCACGACAUGCAGACGAUAGAUGCUGCACCACUGUGGUGCUCUUCUCCAAAUCCCAUGGCAGCACCGCAGAACUCGUCAUCAUCCACCGAUGCCAGUGAAGAGGAUCUUGACCGCACCAUAGAUGGACUUGCUGACAAGGAAAACGACACUACAGGUGCAAACGCAAUGGAGGACGACGACAGUGAUUCAGACCUUCCCCUGGGGCAUCGUUCACGCUAUAACACGGCAGACGGGGCAGAUAACAGAUGCCUAGCAGAAGUUUCACCGGGAACAAGACUAUUCCAACUAAGAAACAGGAGACGCAGAAACGCAGCACUCUAUGGAGUAGCCGAUGAUAUGAUGCGCCGUUCUCGAGAGGAGCACAAUGCCCAGGUUUCCCAAUGGCGAACGGACAGAGAGAUGCUGUGCAGUUGGAAGGCUGAUGAGAACAAGAUUCAGAGGGAAUUCUUGGAUCACACUAAAAUGGAGAGUGAGAAGUUUGCCGAGGCCUGGAAACAGAACAUUUCGGUGAUGUCUGAUGCUGUGAACACUUUGAAGUCAUUGGGACAGAUGCUCGCCCAACAGCGUCAAAUCAUCCCCCCAACACACGAUUAUGGGCAAACCGCCCUACCUGCCUCACAGGCAACCCCGAAGAAGGCAGCAGCGAGGCGUUCCUGUGUUGGCAAAGCCAGGGAGAGGCUGACGCUUUGAGGAGCUAUGUUCUGCGUUGCCCUCCUUAUUUGCCACAUAUCAUGGUUUUUGGCAGCAAAGUUCAUUUGACAGAUUCCAUUGCACUGGUGACCCCU